GCAUUUUUCGGACUGUGGAUUUGACCAUCACGUGACCGUCACGCGCUGCUUACUAAGGGGUGCGGAGAUCAAUUGCGGCAUACCUUAGGGUCUGGAGAGUGCCUUGACAAGCAAGGCAAUCUAAGUAUCCAACGACCACUGCAACCUCGACCACUUUCUGUUCAUCACUUCACACACCGCUUCACAAACUCACAUUUCACACAUGUCCGACCCGCCCAAACCUAUGUCGCUCCGCGAGCGUAUCGCCGCAUUCGAGAAGCAGUCCCAGGCCCAGUCCCAAUCGUCCGCUGCGCCGCCGCUGCCAGCCCCGUCGUCCAGGGGGAAGGUCAGCUGGAAGCCGCGCCAGCGCACGCCAUCCCCGCCGCGGAACGAGCCCGAAAGCAGUAUCGACGCAGCCGCCCCCAGCGCCCCCACGGAAGUUGGCGGCGUCGUGAAGAGCUCCGCGAGCAGCGGCAUGUCCGCGUCGGACGCGCGCGAGGCCGUGCGUGCGGCCGGCGGGAGCCUCAAAGAGCGUAUGGCGGCGUUGCAGGGCCGAGGUGGAUUCGGCGGCGGUGGAGGGGACGCGGGUGGGACGACGCCGACUGCGCCUGUGGUGGGGACUGGUAGGCGGUGGGUCCCGCCCCCCAAACCCGCACCCGAGCCUGAGGCUGAGGGUGACGUCGAUGGGGCGAAGACAGAGCAGGAGGGAGAGCGUGGUGAUGCUGCUGCUGCGGACAUCAGGGUGACGCCCGAGGGUGGUGAUACUGAGAAAGCGGGCCUGAAGAGCGACGAUCUUGGCGCGGGCGAUACUGAUGUGGAUGAAAGCGAACGGGACCCUGAGGAACUGGAACGUGAGCGUCGAGCCGCGAUUGCCGCACGCAUGUCGCGCCUCGGCGGGUCGCGCGUUGGGAUGGGACCGCCGGUUUUCGGCGCGCCGCGGCCUGUGGGGGCUAAGAAGGCGAGCUCUGAUCAGGCGCAGAAGGUUCAGGAUGACGAGCAGAAGGGAUCUGAGGAGGAUACGAAGAAAGAGGAUAUCGAAGAUGCUCAGACGAGGAAGGAAGAGGGAUCAAGAGAGCCGGAAGUGAAGGAGCAAGAAGUACCCGAGGUCGAGACCGUCGAAGGGUCCGUGCCAGAUUCCGAAGUAAAGCAAGCGGAGACAGCGACAGAGCCGACCACUCAAACGGAUCCAAUCGUCACCAAAGAGCAAGAGCUCAGGCGGCAUGAGAGUGCAUCUACUUCCCCAACCGCACCCGCGCCACAAGACGUCCUGCCCUCGUCCCCAACUCUAUCAUCUACUUGUGCUCCUCCAACCGACAACGGCGUGCCUUCUCAAACUCCUCCAGAGCUUCCUGCCUCAGCCUCAGUUCCAGCUCCUGUCGCAGUCCAGAUCCCAUCGCCGUCGCUGAAACCGGCCCCCAUGGCAAUGCCGCUGCCUGCUGCACCGAAACGUGCCGCUCCUCCCAGAAAGAAACGCGCGCCAUCGCCUAUGCCUCCUCCUGUCGUAGACGAUGUGGAAAAAGUUGAUCCGGCCGACAAAGACGAUGUGGCCGAGAUCGUGAAGGAAGAGAGCGCAGAUGGAAAGAACGCGGAACCAAGUCUAGGAGAAGUCGCUGCUGUCCCUGAAAAGCAGGAAACGCUUGCUGAGGAUGUCUCUCAUGCCCCAGCUCAUUCGGCAGAGCCAGUCACGGAGAAAUCGGAGAAGGAGAAAUCUCCGGUUCCCUCGAUGUUGGUCGCUCCUGCUGCUAUCAGUAUCGCCGACACUCCUGAGGUAGAUGCCGAUGCGGCCGUUGGCGAUGUCGAAGAGCUGGGAGUGGUGGAUGUCCCGGUUCUCAGUGACUCGGACACGGUCCCCGCUGCUGAAGUCGAGGUCGAGGCCGAGGGUGCAGACGAGCUGAUGGACGAAGAGGUCCAGAGAUCUCCUGACGUGAGGACCACGGUCUCGCAGAUUCUAGAUGUCCCGGAGAUCCCUCCCCUCACUGCGGAACCCGAGGCCGAAUCUAUCCAAGCGGACGAGCAAGUCAUUCCUGCUGCCGUGCAUAACCAGCCAGACGCGAUGGAACGGAAAAAAAUCGAGCAUUCAGUAGAAGAGCCUUCAGGAAUUGCGCCUCAGGAGGCAGAUCGUGACGAGGACGAAUACAAGGAUGCGGUCGAGGAAGUCUCAGCUCCUCCGCAAGCGCUUUCUGAAUCAGCGAAACACCCAGCCCCCAAACUGCCGGAGGUUCCUCCACCUGCAUCAAUCGAGGAACCCAUGGCUCAGACAUCUCUGGUCUCGCCUGUAUCUCUGGCAAGCGACCAUGUCUCUUCUUCCAUACCAGCGGUGGACGAACAUGUGACAACAGCCACGGUCGAGCCCGCACCUCCCUCGCCCGUUGCGUCCUCGCCCGUUGCAUCAGCGCUCCAGGUCUCUCCGGUCGUCUCUGUGCCUGCGGUGGCUGCUGAAACCGUGGACGCGCCGAAGGAUGAGCACAUCGCUCAAGCGGAGGACUUGCACGUGCACAGUGACGUCACCUCACCCGCUGUCGAACACGUCCAGUCGCAGGUGCCGGUCGACGAGGGCGCGGGAGCGAGUGGGGAAAGCGAUCAGGCCCAGCAAUCGGUGCCAAAGGCAGAUCAGCCUGCGGAGAAUGCGGAGGAUGAGCCAGAGGAGGACGAGGAAGCGGCCCGUAAGCGGCGCGUCAUGGAGCGCAUGGCGAAGAUGGGUGGUUUCAAUCCCUUCGCGGCGCGUCCGGUCCCAGGGGCGAGGAAAGAGUCACAGGAGGAGAGGGAACCGGCUCGAGACGAGGAGAAAGCGGAGGAACGAGAGCGGGGAGUCGAUGAAGAACAGGAGGAAGAAGACGAGGCGGCCCGGAAGCGGCGCGUGAUGGAGAAGAUGGCGAAGAUGGGCGGCUUUAAUCCGUUUGCGGCGCGCGCAGUGCAGAGUGUGGAGCACAGUGAUAACGAGCAAGGGAGAGCCGUGGAAGAUGAACAGACUGAGGGUGUGCACGGAGAAUCGGUUUAGUGGUUAGUCUUGGGAUCAUAUUAACAUGUAACAUUGGUAUCAACGCGCAGUACUUUCAUGAAGGAAGAAUAUCAGAUAGGAGAGCUUGGCACCGUCAGUUGUUGUUGGGUCUAGAUCUCCUUCUCAAUAGGCUUUUGGAGACUCAUGAACAAACCUCACUGCGACGCCAUCACUUUUUGACGUUCUCCCUGCUCCCGUCGAUGGUGCUGAAACGCACUCCAAGGCGGGAAACAGUGCCGCGUAUCUACCGCGGGAAAUGCCAUCGGCAACCUUCUACUGCAUCUCUUAUUUGACUCGAUGCCCCGCGUUUUUCCCCCUCUUCUUUGUCUUUCGUCUUUCGCUCCGGGCUGGCUGGGCUGCCCCCGUCGUUUCACCGCGUCUCAU